AUGGUUAGCGUCAAAAAAGUAGAGAAAACAAUCAGUUAUUUUGGAUAGAUUAAACUCAAAGUUCAGCUUAUUGUUAAUUUUACUAUUCUUAGCUUGAUUUCCUGCUCAAUUAUUUCAAUUUUGAUAACUGUAUUUAUUCAGAAGAAAAUUACAGAUCGGAUUUUAAAUGAUUCCAGUUAGUAUGUUUCUUAGAGGGUAUAACUAGAAAUGAGCACAGUCAUUGGGAUGAUGAUUAAUUAACUGCAAACUUCGCUAUUUAUAAUGGGAUAAUUUAUUUAUGAGGUCGAAUAGGUCACCAAAGACACCUUUGGUAUUAAUACAAUAUAUCCCUUUUCCAAUAUAUAUUCUCCAUUUCCAAUCUACGAUUUCACUCCUGGAAGCCCAAAUAUCAAUGAUCUUUAAUUAGCUUAAAAUUAGAUAUUGGCAUGUGCCCCAAGCUUAUCUUCUACUACUUAAAUUGCAUCUCUAUGUAUGGAUGUACCUUUGAACCUACCAUAAACUCCUACUUCAAGUCCAGACUACACUACAUAUAAUGUUGGAAAAUUUUUACAGUUAGAUGACUUUAUACCUAGUUUGUUUUCAACACCUUUUCUAUAGGAAAAAAUACUAAGAGUUUUUAUAUAAAGUUACUCUAUGACAGAUCCUGUUAGAAAUAUUUAUAAAAUUUAUCCUCCAUCCUAUUUGGAUAGCACUUAGAUUUAAUAUAGCAUUUUUAGACGAUACUAUUAGGAACAAUAGUAAGUUACAAACCCAUAUCCUAAUGGUAGUAGUAAAAUUAUUGUUUAAGGGCCCUAUAAUACUACUUUCCCAAAUGGUACAACAGUUGAAGUGGUGUGUGCCUCAAUUACAAUACCAUUUCCUUUUGGAACUGAUACAAUUUUUUAUCAUAUUAGAAUAGAAAUACUAAUGUCAGUGAUAUAAGAAUUUGUUAAUUCUUAAAAUUAUAGGUCAGAUAUUGAAAUUAUAAUUUUGAACAAGAGAAGACAAUUUGUUUAUCUGACAGAUUAUUGGAAGAAAAGUUAUACUGGUCCAUCCUAAGUUAUCUAUGAUUCUAACAUUUAAAUUUAUAGUGGAUUAGAUGAGCCCACUCUUACAGAUCUUAUUACUAAUAAAACAUAGUAGGCAACAGUUUCUAAGCUUAAUAAAUAAGGAGUAACAAAAGAUUAUCUUGUAGAAGUUAUACUUCUAGCUGAUACUUUUAAUGCUAAUGAUCCUAAAUCUUAUUUUACUACAGGAGUAAAUGAUCCUGUGAACGAUAACUUUUUUAUAUUUCUUAUAUAUGGAGAAAAAUCUUAAAUGUACUAAGUUCAAACUACUAUUUAAGAUCAAACAAGUCAGAUCGAAUAUGUCACAGUAAGAAUUUGUAUAGUAAGUAGCUUAAUCACGAUAGUUUUAGUAUAUGUAGCAACUUCCUUAGUUACUGUUUAAGUUUAAAGGCCUUUGAAUGUUCUUAAUAUUAUACUAAGAAAGCUUAAUAAUAGCACAACAAUAAAAUAAAAUACUUUACUUAAAAUUAGAGAAUAGCUAAGAUAUUAAUAUUUUCAGAGCUAAUACUAAGUACAAGAGCUUGUAAAAUCUUUUUCAGAUCUAAUUGAUAAAAUGAUUGAAACAUCCACAACCAAAAAUUAAAUUAUACCUAGAAAAAUAGAAUACCCCUUAAAUGAUUUAGAAAUUAAUUUCGUUAAAACAACUAAGGGUAAUUAAAUUGACUUUGAUGUAUUAAAGUUUGUGAAUUUAGUCAAAGAUAAAUUUGAUGGAUAAAAAGAACAAACAGAUACCCAAUUAAUGUAAAAUUGA